AUGGCAGCCAGUGCCCUAGACAGGCUACGCCCAUACACGAUCCCAGCUGUCUAUGUGGACAUACCACCCCUUCGUGGUGCAGAGGACGCUUUGCUUGCCUUCCUUGGGCCGGAGGUUCUGCGGCUGGUCUUCAAUUUUCUCUCUGAGGUCGAGCAGCUUUCGGGUGCCGGCAGAGCCUUCUGGCAGGCCGAGCUGUAUCUGCGGGAGUUGGAUGCUGUUGCCGGCGACACGGAGGUUAAAGAGGCAGCAGCGGAGGCACAGGAGAAGGUGGAGGCUGAGCCAGAGGAGAUGCAGAAGGCGCUGCGUGGCAGCGUUCUGCUUGCCCGGCAAAACUACAUCUCAGCGGCUCGCUUUGGCUACUUCCUGCGCCGGGGGCUGCAACGUCUGGAGCUAGAACAGUCUUUGGGCCAAGGUUCUACAACUGGCCUGUCCGAUUGGAUGGAGAGGCUUGCACCUGCGGAUGCCGUGGAGCUGGCGCGGGCGGCCACACGGGAAGCCCAGCGAGCUGUGCAACAUCAAGCCACUGAGCUUUUUGGCAGCGAGGUCAAGCUCAUGAGGCAGCUGGACUAUGGGCCCAAGGCCGUGGAUCAGCUGCAGCUCUCAGGCGAGGGUCUACGGCGGCUGAAGUUGGAGGCAGCAGCCUUUGGCGCUGCUCUCUUCGAUGCAGAGGCUGCUGCGGCCAGGCGCUACAAGCUUGACUACACAGCUCCCGGGAGCCGUGCCGAGGGAUUACUGGGCUGA